CUUUUUUAUUCUUCACGCGGAAUCAUCAUCAAUCAGUGUGAUUAAAGAAGCGAAAUUGAGCAGUGCUGCCUUUACAAAACUUUAAUCUUCUUUCUUUCUUCCUACCACAUUUCAUCCUUGUUUUUUCAACUUUCUUGUCUAUCUCUCAGUGCUUUCUUUCACCCAACAAGAAGAAAUGGCCGAUGCAAUCCUGUAUGGCGUUGUGCAGAAGAUCAUUGAAAGCUUGGGCUCCUCCACUCUCCAACAAGUUGGAUCAAUCUGGGGUUUCAAAGAUGACCUCGAAAAAAUGUCAAACACUGUUUCCACCAUUCAAGCUGUUCUUGAGGAUGCAGAGGACCAGCAGGUCCAGAGCCGUCAAGUCAGGGACUGGCUUACGAAGCUCAGAGAUGCAGUUUUUGAUGCAGAUGACUUGUUGAGCGAGUUCUCCACUCAUGUGUUGCGGCAAAAUGUGAUGGGUGGUGGUAGAAUGACAAAGAAGGUACGCGUUUUCUUUUCUAGCUCAAAUCAACUUGCUUUUGGUUUUAAGAUGGCUCGCAAAAUAAAGGCUAUGAGGGAGAGGUUUAAUGAUAUAGCAAGGGAUAGGAACAAUUUCCAGUUGGAAAAGCGUCCUUUAGGGACAGCAGUUGUGAUUAGGGGGAGGGACCAGACUCACUCAUUUGUACGUGAAGAAGACGUUAUCGGGAGGGAGGAGGAUAAGGAGGCCAUCAUAGGUCAAUUGUUGGACUUUGAUGUGGGGGAAAACGUUUCGUUCAUAUCCAUAGUAGGAAUUGGGGGGCUAGGGAAGACCACACUUGUUCAAUAUAUAUACAAUGAUGAGAAGGUCAAGGCUUAUUUUGAGUUGCAGAUGUGGGUGUGUGUCUCUGAUGACUUUGAUGUGAAAACAAUUGCUGAAAAGAUACUUGCAUCGGCGAUCGGUACAAGGCCUAACAACCUUGAAAUGGAUCAAUUGCAAAUUGAACUUCGCAAAAGUCUCAACCAAAAGAAGUACUUACUUGUGUUGGAUGAUGUGUGGAAUGAGAACAAAGAAAAAUGGUGUAAAUUGAAAACACUUUUGUUGGAUGGCUCAAAGGGAAGUAAGGUGGUGAUAACUACACGGACCAACUUGGUUGCAGAUAUUACCGGCACAAUGCAGUAUUUUCUAAAAGGUUUGUCAAAGGAUCAAUCUUGGUCUUUAUUGAAACAAAUGGCAUUUGAAAAAAGGCAAGAUACUAUCAAUCCUAAGUUUGAAGCAAUUGGAAGAGACAUUGUAGAAAAAUGUUGUGGUGUGCCUCUUGCUAUAAAGGCAAUAGGAAGAGUAUUAUACAACAAAAAGACAGAAUCUGAAUGGUCAUAUAUUAAGGAUAAUGAACUCAAAAAUGUAAUUAAGCUAAAGGAUGAUAUUUUUCCUGUUUUAAAAUUGCGUUAUGAUCAUCUCCCACUACAUUUAAAGUGUUGUUUCGCAUAUUGUUCGUUGUUUCCCAAAGAUUAUUUGAUUGAGAAGUUGACAUUGAUACGAUUAUGGAUAGCACAAGGAUUUAUCCAAUCUCAAGAAGAGAACUUACAAUUAGAGGAUAUUGCCAAUGAGUACUUUGAGGAUCUAUUGUGGAGGUCCUUCUUCCAAGUAGUAGAAGAAGACAAAGGCAUGUUCAUGAACUUUAAAAUGCAUGACUUAAUCCACGAUCUUGCACAGUCGAUUUCAAGUAUUGAGUGUACACUGGUUAAUUCUAAUGCAAAACAUGUGAACGAAAAAGUUCGUCAUAUAUCAUUCUCAUUUUACAAUGAUUCAUUCUUUGGAGAGAAUUUAAACUCAUUGGUUAAAGCAAACAAGAUACGAACAUUCAUUUUGACAUCCCAUAAAUGGAAGCAUCUAGCGGAAGUGGAAGAGGGAGAAUCAACUCUCAAAAAACUUAUUUCUGCUUUUGUAUAUAUCCGUGCAUUAGAUCUACAUGGCUUAAAAAUUAAGAUGUUGCCAAAUAUCAUAGGUAAGUUGAUGUAUCUAAAGUACCUUGACCUUUCCAAUAAUGAUAUUGAGGUUCUCCCUAGUUCUAUUAUGACAUUGGUGAAUUUGCACACAUUGAAACUCGAUUAUUGUUAUGAACUUAAGGAGUUACCAACAGACAUUCAAAAAUUGGUCAGCCUCAAGCAUCUUGGUAUAAAUUCAUGUUCCCAUUUGACUCAUAUGCCAUAUGGAGUUGGGCAGUUGACUUCUCUUCAAACAUUAUCCUUAUUUGUUGUUAGUAAGGACCCCAUAGGUUCCUCCAAGCGCUGUGGUGGACUAGCAGAAUUGAACAAGCUAAAUGAUUUGAGAGGAGAAAUAGAGAUUAAAAAUUUGGAAUUGGUGAAAGAUGCUAUCUCAGAAACAAAGGCCGCAAACUUGAAGGAGAAGCAGCAUCUCAGUAGCUUGUCAUUAAGUUGGAAUUCUAGGCUUGAUGAUGUUAUCAACGUUGGUGAUGAUGAAAAUUUAUUAGAUGGCAUACAACCACCCCAAAAUUUAAAAUAUUUGUCUGUACAAUGGUAUGGGGGUGCGAGAUUUUCAAUUUGGCUUUCUUCGCUAACAAAUCUUACUGAAUUAAAUAUAGACGGUUGCAAGAAAUGCCAACAUUUGCCACCAUUGUAUCAAUUGCCAUCUCUUCGAGAGAUAUCUCUUUGGGAAAUGCAUAGUCUAGAGUACAUAUCAGACUUGGAUAUCACCAAUGAAGUCUUUGCUUCAUCAUUGACAACAUUUUUCCCAUCCCUGGAGUCACUUUCGCUACAAGAAUGUCGUAAUCUAAAGGGAUGGUGGAAGAGGGAUAUUGUUGAUAACGGCGAUGCAACAAUAAUGACAUCCACAUCAUCAUGGAGUCAUCAAUAUCACCAACACAUAUCACUGCCUUCCUUUCCCUGUCUUUCUUACUUGACUAUAACUGAUUGUAGUAAGUUGACUUCCAUGCCGCCGUUUCCAUAUCUCGAAGAAGAGCUUUUUUUGAGUUGCGUUAGCUGGAAGGCAUUGCAACAAACAAUGGCGAUGAAGAUGAAUAUGGUAGGAGCUUCUUCACUUCUCUCCUCCAUCCCUCCUCUCUCCAAAUUAAGGAAAUUGAAUUUGUGGGAGAUGCCAGACAAAGAGCCUCUGCCAGAGGAGUGGCUUCAAAACCUAACUUCUCUCGAGGAAUUAGAUAUUAGGAGGUGCUCUACAUCUCUGUCUCAAAUUCUGAGACAUCUCACCUCUCUUAAGGUGCUGACCAUUGGGGACUGCGAGGAAGUUGAUCUAUUUAGUGAUGCGGACGAUGAUGGUACAAAAUUUCAACAUGUUAAGUGCCUUCAGUCUCUGUCUUUUACAAAAAUUUCUAAACUCGAGUCUCUUCCUGCAUAUCUUCAAUCCGUUACUAUUCUCCGAAAUCUCUCGAUUGACGACUGUCCCAGCUUGAUGACUUUAUCGGAAUGGAUCGGCAACCUCACAUCACUUCAAAGCCUUGAAAUUGAAGAUUGCCCUAAUUUGACAUCCCUUCCCGAAGGGAUGCGUCGCCUCACCUCGUUACAGUCCCUGAGGAUCUAUGAAUGUCCCCACUUAGAGCAAAGAUGCCAGAAGGAAAUUGGAGAGGAUUGGACAAAGAUUGCCCACGUCCCAAAAUAUUCCAAUGAAUCUCGGUGGAAUUAUUAAUGAUAAAGUCAAAAUUCAGACUUGGCAAAUGAGCUGUUGCUGCAGGACUCGCUGAUAUUGGAGUAACAUUGUAUUGGCAAGCCUAAAAUUUCUCAUGUCCCAAAAUAUUCCAACAAAUUUCGGGUUUAACUACAGAUAUGCUUCAACUAGAAUUUCAGAAGCAAACUACAAAGAUGAGUCAAGGGGUUGCCCGAAAUUGAUCACGUUUGGAGCGGGUGCAUCUGAUCAAACAUCAAUUCUUUUCGGUAUAAGUUUAAUAAUUGAUCUCAAAUCUUUAUACAAACAGCAAUUCCAUUGUUUGUCCUCCGGCUCUUUCUUCUCCUCCAAUGAGAAGAAAUGUUUGAGUAGACCUGAAGAAGCAAUUAAAGUCUAGAAAAAGCUCGGGCCUUAUAAUUAGUUCUUGUUGAACGCUUUUGGCCUCUGCAAUUUUCAAAAUUGUAUAAAGCCACAAAGAGAUUGACAUGUGCGAUGCUAGCCGCAUGGUUCCUACAUUCCAAGUGCUGUGCUGAAGAUGAAACUUGAUCUUGAUCCAAGCAAAGGGGGAACUUGGAAGGCCUGAGUUCUAUUUCGAAUAUGGAGAAUAUCCCGAACAGGCAUGAAAUAGAAAGACUGAGCAAUAUCUGGCUGACUUUGGUAUUCCAUACACAAUUAUAAGCUUCAUUUUUAGGCGGGUGAUACUUCAGAUGUUCAAACACUACCUCCUAGAGCAUCUUGUCUUUUGUUCAUAUCAGAAUAUUGCUAAGCUUGAUGACUUUACUGGAAUGGAUUGGCUGCGUCACCUCUUUACAGAUACUAAGCAUCAUUGAUUGCCCCCAUUUGGAGAAAAUAUGCCAAAAGGAUAUUGCGCCUCAAUCAGCAAUUCCCGAUAUUGAGAAUAUAUUUCCAGGUAAUCAUCUCCCUUACUCCGAUAUGAUAAAUCAAUCUGAACUGUUCUUGUCUAUUGAAAAAGAGUUUUUUGGCCCAUAUAUAGAAGCAAUUGAAACAUUGGAAAAAAGCCUGGGUCUCAUUAUCUGGGUUUUUGAAGAAGAAGAAGAAGAAGAUUUUGAAGGGAAAGAGGUGAGAGAAGAAGAAAAGCGUAAAUAUAAUUAUCUGUUUUUCCAUUUACUUUCAAAUUGGAUCUGAUUAAUUUGUUUUGAUUUUAACUGUUUUUAUGUCAAAAAAUUGAAAAUUUUGUGUAAAUCACUUAUGGCUUUCUUUUAAAAUAUUAUAUAUUUUAAACAAAUAUAGUUGGUGCUUGUUUUAAAACAUUGGGGCUUUGCAAUUUUCAAUAACUAAGUGGUGAUUCCCUUCUUUUUCUUCUUUAAAAAAAAAAAAAAAAAAAAAUUCUAGAUAUGAUUUCUUCACAUGUUAAGUAUUGAUAAGAUGAUUUACUUGGUAGGUUUAUUGAUUUAAGUGCAUAAACAGACUUGGCAAACGAGUUGUUCUGUGGGACUUGCUAAUGUUAGAGUAACAUUGUGUUUGAAAAUCAUUGCAAAUAACUAAAUUCCUGUUCAACAACCGAUAUGCUUCCAAUGGCACACUACAAAGAAUUGAAUAGGAGUCAAGGGAAACAAUGGAGGGCAGCCCAAAAUUGGUCACAUCCUCAAACUAAUGUUGGGAGCAGAUGAAUUUGGUCAAUCAUCAAUCUUUUUUGUUCAUAAAGAGAUUGACAUGAGGGAUGCCAGCCACAGUUCCUAUAAUCCAAGUGCUGUGCCAAAGAUGAAACCUGAUCUUGAUCCAAGCAAAGGUGGAACUUGGAAGGCCUGAGUUCUAUUUUGAAGAUGUAGCAUAUUCUGAACAAGUUGAUUGGAUUGGGCAGAAAACCAAAUAGCUACUGCUAAGGCUGCGAGAGUGAAGCAAAUUGCUCUAUGAGUGGAACAAACCCAAAUUGACCUUUGAAAAUAGCUUGGGUGAUGACUAUAUUGGUGUGGAAUAGAAACGUUGAGCAAUAUUUGGCUGACUUUGGUAUUCCAUACACAAUUAUAAGCUUUAUUUUUAGGAGGGUGAUACUUGGGAUGUUCAAACACUACCUUCUGGAGCAUCAGUCUUUUGUUCAUAUCAGAAUAUUGCUAAGCUGGAUGACUUUACCGGAAUGGAUCAGCAGCCUCACAUCACUUUAAAACCUUGUAAUUGACGAUUGCCCCAAUCUGACAUCACUUCCCGAAGAAAUGAGUCGCCUCACCUCUUUACAGAUAAUAAGCAUCAUUGCUUGCCCCCAUUUGGAGAAAAUAUGCCAAAAGGAUACUGGUAAUCUUCUCCCUUACUCCGAUAUGAUAAAUCAAUCUGAAUUGUUCUUGUCUAUUGAAAAAGAAAAGAACAAACUCUAUUGACCCAUAUAUAGAAGCAAUUGAAACCUUGGAAAAAAGCCUGGGUCUCAUUAUCUGGGUUUUUGAAGAAGAAGAAGAAGAAGAAGAUUUUGAAGGGAAAGAAGUGAGAGAAGAAGAAAAGCAUUGGAAGGCUAAUAAAAGAGUCCAACAACGUUUCUAGAAUAAAUGAUAGUUGCCAUUGAUGAUAAAGUGGGAAUUCAGACUUGGCAAACGAGUUGUUUCUGUGGGACUUGCUAAUGUUAGAGUAACAUUGUGUUUGAAAAUCAUUGCAAAUAACUAAUUCUUGUUCAACAACUGAUAUGCUUCCAAUGGCACACUACAAAGAAUUGAAUAGGAGUCAAGGAAAACAAUGGAGGGCAGCCCAAAAAUCUUUUCUUCUUUAUUGUUUAGUAAUUAAUCUCAAAUCUUUUUACAAACACCAAUUCCAUUGUUUUUCCUCUAUUUCUUCUUUCUUCUUCUAUUUCCUCUUUCUAUUCCCUUUAUUUAUUUUUUGUCCGAAUGAAAAAUGUUUGAGUUGAUCUGAAUAUGAAGAAGCAAUUGAAGCCUAGAAAAAGCCUUGGCUUCAUAACUGGUUCUUGUUGAACACUUUUGAUCGCUGCAAUUUUCAAUAUUUAAGUAUUGAUUACCUUCUUUUUCUUUUUUUUUUUAAAUUAUUUUUUCUAGAUAUUAUGACUUCAUAAGAUGAUUUACUUGGCUGGUUUAUUGAUUUAAGUGCAUAAAGAGAUUGACAUGAGGGAUGCCUGCAGCAUAGUUCCUAUAAUCCAAGUGCUGUGCCGAAGAUGAAACCUGAUCUUGAUCCAAGCAAAGGUGGAACUUGGAAGGACUGAGUUCUAUUUCGAAGAUGGAGCAUAUCCUGAACAGGUUGAUUGGAUUGGGCAGAAAACCAAAUAGAUGCUGGUGGAGUUUUUGCUCUUCUCAUCUCCACUUGGUUGAAUUCUGUUUCAACAGUUUUUUAUUUUAUUUUUCUGAGUUAUAUGAUUUAUAUGACAACUAAGGCUACAGGAGCGAAGAAAAAUUUGUUGGUUGGCUCUAUGGGUGGAACAAACCCAAAUUGACCCUUGAAAAUAGCUUAGGUGACCACAAUAUACUGGCCAAAUGCUUUGUCUUUUUCACCAUAUUACAGGUGUGGAAUAGAAAGGUUGAGCAAUUUUUGGCUGACUUUGGUAUUCCACACAAUUAUAAGCUUUAUUUUUAGGCGGUUGAUACUUGGGAUGUUCAAGCACUACCCUCUGGAGCAUCAGUCUUUUGUUCAUAUUAGACUAUUGCUAAGAAAUAUUUUGAAGCACAAAGCAAACUUUGAAAGGGUGCCAGCAGUAAACUGGGGACGAUUAGUAAAAUUUGCUCACCUGAAGUUUGGAGGGAAGGAACCUGUCCAUCAGAAACAGUUUGAAGCACAAAGCAAACAUUUGAAAGGGUGCCAGUAGGAAACAAGGAACAGCUGCUAAAAAUUGCUCACACCCUGGGGCUUGCUGGGGAUGAGCCUGUCUAUCAGGAAACUUUAGCUUUACAAGAUAACUUGCACUGAAAUAUGCUGGAGCUGUUGUUAUGGAUUUUGUGUUCAAAAAAUAUCCAAAGAAAUAUAACAUCACCUGUGAACAUUAUGAAGCUGCAUAAACAUAGUGGAUGCUAUAAAUGGCUGGGACUUCCUUGCUAUGAGUUCAAGUGCAAGAUGAGCACAUUAUGUUACGAACAUAGAGAGAUUGCGUGGAGGUUUGAGAUGAGAGUGAAUUCCAUGUGCUGUGGUUCCAAGAGCCUUCUCAAAUGGGUUUUGCAAUAUCAUUCAGUUUUGCUUGAAGAUAGUUUGAUGAUUUUAUUGGUGUAAAAAAUGCUAUGGAAGAAGAGGGUCAUGAUGCUGAUGAGGCAAGCUUGCGGUACGGAUAUCUUGAAUUAUAUAGUUGAAAGUUGAAACCAGUCGCGUUGAUGUUAACAAGGCUUGUGGUUUGGAUGGACCAUGACACUUCAUUGUGUUGCAGCUGGGGGAUUUGCUAUUUCAGCUGAGGUUAUUAAGCUCUUGUUUGGUGCUUCUGCAUUUUAUUUUGUUUUGUUGCAUACUGUUGACUAUGUAUUCCAUGGUCAUGUUAUUCUUGUUGUUUCUCGCAUUAGAGUAAUCAUAUGAAAGGAAUAUGAAAGGAAUAGAACAUGUAUAUAUCUGGAGUGGAUGUUGUUUUCAUUAAUAAGCAUUUUGGGUAUGAAUCGAAACAUAAGUGAAAAUUGGGAACCUCUAUUUCAUUUCA